UAUAAUGUCUGUCAGUUAAUUUGCAUAAUUGUUCUUGUAUGCAUAAUUUUCAGUGAUGUAAAUGGAGUCUUUCAUUGGAGUGCUUAUACAGAGUGUGGUAAGAAAACUUUCUCUUCUGCAAAAACAGGAAUAUUUCAGUUUCUUAAGAAACUUUUGGCUUAGUAUGAAUUCUUAUGCAAGUAAAACUACUUACUUGGAGGAUCAGAAUUUAAAUCUGUAAUUGUGUUCCUCAGAAGUCCUGUCUUUAGUAUUCCAAGACUCCUCCCACUUUGGCCGGUAAAAUCUGCGUUUUGUAAAACACUAAUCCUGUUACGGAAGCGUGAGGCUUCAUCUUGGUUGUAUAACUUGCUACAGUGUGUGUGUGUGGUGGGGGGAACUUAAGUUGCAGCAAUUAUUUGCGUAAAUGGGCUUGCAUCGUAUUCUUUUACGGUCCCCUACCUCAAACAUAGGCAGCUGCUUUAUAUUUUUUUCACUUUUUUACGUUUUUUCAUAGAAACUUUGAGCAUAGGUGUUUUUAGAGCAUGGGUUGUAAAUAAGCAUAUUAGUAUAAUAAGAACAUCUAAUAAUUACAGUAUAUAUAGUUAAUUGUUUGAUGCAGCUGAGAGAAUAGGCAAGGAUCUUUCUGCACUUCCUACUGCAAAGGACAAGGGUUGAAUUUUUGGAGCUGAGGGGACACAGGUUCUAUUCCUCACAGUGUUAUUUUGUGUUAGGGGUAGAGACUUCUUACAGAAUGAUAGUUAAAUGUCUUACUGUGAGGUAUGCAAAAAUGUAGUUCAACUGUUUUGAAUUGCAGGACACAAACUUGCAGUGAGGAUAAAACCCGUCAAUGAAACUUCUUCUGAAGUAUUUCAAUCACUGUUGCUUUAAGCAUCUUUUAUUUACUUCCGUUCCUUCCCAUUUUUAUGAGAGAAAAAUGAGAUUUCUAUUGGGUUGGGGUAUACUAUAUACAGAUAUUGGAUUUAAAUAGUUUUUUGUGCAUAGGGUUUUUUAAAUAUUAGUUUUGAACAGAUGACACUCCUUUCUUGCGCGCUGGAAAAUGAAAUUAGAUUGCUAGGAAUUUAAGAGAGCGUUCUAUUCAGCUGCGUAGGUGAGUAACUGAAGGCAAUUUUCAACUGUAGCACAACAGCCAACUUUCUAGGGCAAUUUAGGGUGCCCACCUCAUACCAUAGUAUGUUUCCUUUAAAGAACAACAACAAAGCCUAUUGUAAUUGUGGAGUGAAAGUUUGGUGUACUCAAUGCUUUUUACAGUAAGGGAAUCAGGUUUUUAGUUUUAUCUCCAGAGGCACUACACCGAGCAUAAAAAUGAUGGAGAAUUGAAUUGGAUUUGAAAUGAGAGUUAGUGAAAAUACUGCCUGUCAAAUGCAAAAUCCACCACUGAAAUACAAAGGGAAAAGGGGAGUGCGCCAGAGUUUUCUCUGAAAACUAGCGAUGAGGCAUGAGAAAGUUGGGGAGUAGAAAAAAGUGGUCAAGUAGUUGAGUCCAAAUCCAAUGUGCUGUUGUGGCACUAUGUGAAGCAUGCUUCACAUCAGCAUGUUUUAUUAAGGGAUCCAAACUUUGUUUCUCAAGUAGUCAUUUCUCCCACUGACAGUUCUGUGAGGAGUAAAAAUUUACAGAUGAGUGAGGCAUUCAAAAGUAAAAUAGAUGCAUUAAACUGAUUUCUUCAAUGCUACUUAAGGAGUCAAUUUCCGAGAUCAAAUUCAGGAAUCAGGAUGGUCAGUUUUUUUGAUUGGGUUGCUAAAUCACUAAAUGCUAUGUUUGCUUUUUUUAAAAAUUACCCAACCUCUGUCUUCUGUCACUUUCAAGUCGGAUUUCUUCAGAGACUUAUUUAUUUUCUGACCUUUUCACAUUGUGAUUCCAGUGAUUCUGAAAUAUAGGCUAUUCUGCAUACCAAAAAAGUAGUGUGAGAUCUGACAUUCCUCAUGUUACCCAAAUAAGCCUUGAUGCUUCACUAGUGUUUAUUUAGCAGCAGAUCAAUCCAACUUCUACUAAAUCUUUAAAAAAAAAAAUAGUGAAUACGCUUCUCUGAAAAUUAUUUUAUGGGAGUUAUAUCUUGUAUGUUUUAUCAAACAGCUACUUACACGACAGCGUGUUAGUGAUGUUUCUCAUGAACCUGUCAGAAUAGUUGGAACAGUAAUAAAAAGGGAAAGUGUGCUUCCCAGGUGAGUAGUAAUUCAUAGCUGUGCGACAUGCUGCACAGGAAUCCUAUAUAGGUUGUGUUGGAGCAGGUUGUUUUGAAUUAAAAUGUUUUCCUUUUAUCCAUAUAAACGUGAUUAUAGCAUGUGCUUCUUCCAAAGUUAAUUCUAAUGGAACUACGUUUUCUUUUAAUAGUACAUUUAAAGGAUAGCAGUGGAGCACGCCACCAGCCACGCUCAGUGUCUAAAUAAACUAUUCAGUCUUACUGCAAGCUAUCACGUGUGGACUGUACUUGAAACACCUUUUUAUUAGCUUCUGAAUUGUGUCCUGUCUCCUCCCUAAAGUGCAUCAGCUGAAAAGGGCAAGAUAGGGUAUAAUAAAGCUGCUUGUGACAGUUCUUGUUUUUGUUAGAGGAAUGAUUAUAUGGAGCUAUAGAAAAUACUAAACUUAAUAGCUGGUACAUUCUGAGGUGAAUAACUGAGUUGAAAGAAUGAUACCCUUGUUUUCGUGGUGUCUGGUGUGAGCGUUGUGUUAUGCUAAUUGUAGAAUCUCAGGAGAAAGUAGACUGUCCUUGUUAUUUCUGGUUAUUUAUUGAAGGUAAUGGUUUGUGUUUAGACAGAUGAGGUAAAGGAAACAUGUUCUUCAUAGAUAUCUCUAUGUAGCACACUCCAUUUUUAUUUAAGACUUUAAAAUUGGGCUUAGAUCCACUAAAUCAACUUUAAUUAAAAUCCUGUUUCCCUUUAGAAGAAACUUAGAACAAAUCAUGGUUAGAAAGAGUCUGUUACUAAAUAGAAAUGUCACCUGCUAACACUUGCUCGUUCUUUAAGGUUUGCACUUUAUAGGUAUGCUGCCCUCCUGGCUGGCAAAGAGAAAUAAUAUAUUUAGUGCAAGGAUUACCCUUGGUUGCAAAUCAAUGCUUCCUGAAAGGCUCAUUCUCAUUUCCAAGCGAUCUUUGUCUUAGGAGUGUAGCAAAAUGCCUAUAAAUGCAAAAAAUUUAUUCAAGUUAUAACAGAAGUAAGCAUUUUCUGGAAACUGCAGUAUGUAGUACUUUCUUUGCUAGUUUCAGGUAUCAAGAUCUACUGCAGAUCUGUCAUUAAGUUCUUAUUUGUAGGACUUGGAAAGAAGGUUUUAUUUUUGUCCUGUUUAUUUUCAUUAAACAGCAAAUCAGAUGAGAUCUGGCUUGAGUAUUAGAUCAAAUGAGAAUGUUUAAAAAUAUUGCUGAUUCAUCUCAUGUUUUGUUUUUAGAUAUAUCCGAUUAUAUGGGAGAAAAUUUAGCAAAGAAGAUCAUGUGCUUUUUAUUAAGCUCUUAUAUGAGUUGGUAACAAUUCCAAAACUGGAGAUCAGCAUGAUGCAAGGAUUUGCACGCCUGUUGAUAAACCUGUUAAAGAAAAAAGAACUGCUUUCCAGGGAUGAUUUAGAGUUACCAUGGAGACCGCUUUAUGAAAUGUUGGAAAGGAUAUUAUACUCCAAAACAGAGCAUCUUGGAUUAAACUGGUUUCCCAAUUCUGUAGAAAGUGUUCUAAAAACACUUGUGAAGAGCUGCCGACCAUAUUUUCCAGAAGAUGCCACUGAGGAGAUGUUAGAUGAAUGGCGGCCUUUAAUGUGUCCCUUUGAUGUUACCAUGCAAAAGGCUAUUACUUACUUUGAGUUAUUUCUACCCACUACCCUUCCUCCAGAUCUUCACCAUAAAGGUUUCAAGCUUUGGUUUGAUGAAUUUAUAGGCCUUUGGGUGUCAGUUCAAAAUCUUCCCCAAUGGGAAGGGCAUUUAGUAAACCUUUUCGCUCGUUUGGCCACUGACAACAUUGGGUACAUAGAUUGGGAUCCGUAUGUACCAAAGAUUUUUACGAGGAUCUUGAGGAGUUUAAAUCUUCCAGUGGGUAGCAACCAAGUUGUUGUCCCAAGAUUCUUAACGAAUGCUUAUGAUGUAGGACACGCAGUAAUGUGGAUCACUGCCAUGAUGGGUGGACCGAGUAAACUAGUGCAGAAGCAUUUGUCUGGACUGUUCAAUAGCAUUGCUUCUUUUUAUCAUCCUUCAAAUAAUGGGCGCUGGCUGAACAAACUGAUGAAACUACUUCAAAGGUUACCCAGUGGUGUUGUCAGAAGGUUGCAUCGUGAGCGCUACAAGAAAGUGACGUGGUUGACUCCUGUGCCUGAUAGUCAUAAACUUACUGAUCAGGAUGUUACUGACUUUGUAGAGUGCAUUAUUCAACCUGUUCUUCUGGCUAUGUUCAGUAAAACUGGAAGCCUGGAGGCCGCUCAAGCGCUGCAGAACCUUGCACUGAUGCGUCCUGAGUUAGUAAUUCCACCUGUACUGGAGAAAACAUAUCCUGCACUUGAGACAUUGACCGAACCUCAUCAGCUCACAGCUACUCUAAGCUGUGUAAUUGGAGUAGCUCGUAGCCUGGUAUCUGGGGGGAAGUGGUUUCCUGAAGGUCCGACACACAUGCUACCUCUACUGAUGAGAGCAUUGCCGGGGGUGGAUCCAAAUGACUUCAGCAAAUGCAUGAUUACAUUCCAGUUUAUUGCAACAUUUUCUACUUUGGUGCCUUUAGUAGAUUGUUCAUCUGUAUUGCAAGAAAGAGAUGACCUCUCAGAGGUGGAAAGAGAACUGUGCUCUGCAACUGCUGAAUUUGAGGAUUUCGUACUACAGUUUAUGGAUAGAUGUUUUGGACUUAUAGAAAGCAGCACGCUAGAACAAACCAGAGAAGAGACUGAAACUGAGAAAAUGACUCAUCUAGAGAGUCUAGUGGAAUUAGGUCUGUCUUCUACUUUCAGCACAAUCCUUACUCAGUGUUCAAAAGAUAUAUUUCAGGUGGCCUUGGAGAAGGUUUUUAACUUUGCUGUUUCAAAUAUAUUUGAGACAAGAGUUGCUGGUCGGAUGGUUGCUGAUAUGUGCCGAGCUGCAGUAAAAUGCCGCCCAGAAGAAUCCCUGAAGCUCUUUGUACCCCAUUGCUGCAGUGUUAUAACUCACCUUACUGUCAAUGAUGACGUCUUACGUGACGAAGAACUAGAUAAGGAGCUACUCUGGAAUCUUCAGCUUUUGUCAGAGAUCACUCGAGUGGAUGGAAAGAAGUUGCUGCCAUACAGGGAGCAGCUUGGGAAGAUUCUGCAGCGAACCCUACACUUAACUUGUAAGCAGGGUUACAUUCUGUCUUGUAACCUACUGCACCAUCUUCUUCGUUCUGCUACACUUAUCUACCCCACAGAAUACUGCAGUGUGCCAGGUGGCUUUGACAAGCCUCUUUCUGAAUACUUUCCUAUCAAGGACUGGGGUAAACCAGGUGACUUGUGGAACUUGGAUAUCCAGUGGCAUGUUCCUUCAUCUGAGGAAAUAAACUUUGCUUUUUAUUUGCUGGAUACCUUUCUUCAGCCUGAGCUCACCAAACUAGAGCACUAUGCAACUGGAAAACUAGAAAUGUCCAGAGAUGAUGUGCAGCAGUGCCUCGCUAUAGUGCAUAACUGCUUGAUUGGUUCGGGAAAUGUUCUGCCUCCCCUGAAAGGAGAAAGGAUAGCUCACCUGGUCCCAAGUCUGGUGUCUUUGGAAGAGACAAAACUGUAUACGGGUGUUGAAUAUGAUUUAUCAAGACAGAAUUAUCGAGAGACAAUUGCAAGGGUUACAAGGAAACUGUUGCGCUAUAUACUUGAUAAUUCAGAAGAUGAUACCAAGUCUUUAUUUCUAAUAAUAAAGAUCAUUAGUGAUGUUUUACAGUUUCAAGGAUCUCACAAGCAUGAGUUUGACUCACGAUGGAAAAGCUUUAAUUUAGUGAAAAAAUCAAUGGAGAACAGGCUUCAGGGAAAGAAGCAGCAUAUCAGAGCUUUGCUGAUAGACAGAGUUAUGUUGCAGCAUGAGCUGAGAACACUAACGAUGGAAGGCUGUGAAUAUAAGACCUCCCACCAGGAGAUGAUCAGAGAUCUUCUGUGUUUGUCCACAAGUUCGUAUGGUCAGGUCAGAAGUAAAGCUCAGCAAGCAUUCUUCACAGCUCUGGGAACAUACAAUUUUUGUUGCAGAGAUAUCAUUCCUUUAGUUUUGGAGUUCUUGUGUCCAGACCGGCAAGACGUCACACAACAGCAAUUUAAAGGUGCCUUAUAUUGUCUUCUUGGAAAUCACAGUGGAGUAUGUUUGGCAAAUCUUCAUGAUUGGGACUGCAUUGCACAAACAUGGCCAGCAAUUGUUUCUUCUGGGCUUAGCAAAGCCAUGUCCCUGGAAAAACCGUCAAUAGUUAGACUCUUUGAUGACCUAGCAGAAAAAAUCCAUAGACAGUAUGAAACAAUUGGAUUGGAUUUUGCAAUUCCAGAGCAGUGUGUUGAGAUAGCUGUUUUGCUGCAAAAAUCAGAACAUCCAAGUUCAAACUUGACGGUGCUUUGUUCAGAAGAAAUUCAAUUAGGAAUUCAGCGGCAGAAAGAAAAGAGCACUGAAGCUCUGCGACACUAUGAAAAUUUGGUCAACAGGCUUUUGGACUGUGUGGAACAAAGAAAUCUUCCUUGGAAGUUCGAGCACAUAAGUAUUGGCUUUCUGUCUCUGCUCCUGAGGGAUGAUAGGGUACUGCCUGUCCGUGCCAUAAGAUUUUUUGUGCAGUGUCUCAACCAUGAUGCAAUUGUAGUUCGUAAGGUGGCCAUCUCUGCAGUGGCUGGUAUCCUCAAGCAACUUAAGAGAACACACAAGAAAGUGCCCAUCUGCCCUUAUGAAAUUAGUGGAAACCCUAAGCCUUCCAGAAUUCAUGCUGGUGACAGACUGGAUAAUCAGUGGCUGCACUAUGACAGUCAGAGUUUACCAAAGACUAAGGAAGCUUGGGAGUCGUGUUAUUUUGUGGAGAAAACGCAUUGGGGAUAUUACACGUGGCCUCAAACUAUGACAGUUUAUGCUCCAGUUGAGCAGCAACCAAAGCUUGGACGGAGGAGAGAUGAGCUGACAGAGGCAGAGCAGAUAAUAUACGAUCACUUCUCUGAUCCCAAGUUUGUUGAGCAGUUAAUAAAGUUUCUAUCGUUAGAAGACAGAAAAGGAAAAGACAAAUUUAAUCCUCGCAGAUUUUGCCUCUUCAAGGGCCUUUUCAGAAACUUUGAUGAUGCCUUCCUGCCGGUUCUUCGGCCGCAUUUGGAACGCCUUGUAUCAGACUCCCAUGAAAGUACCCAGCGAUGUGUAGCUGAAAUUAUAGCUGGCUUAAUAAGAGGCUCUAAGCACUGGACAUUCGAGAAGGUGGAAAAGCUUUGGAAGCUUCUCUGCCCGUUGCUUCGAACAGCUUUAUCCAACAUUACAGUGGAAACGUAUAAUGAUUGGGGCACGUGCAUAGCAACCUCCUGUGAGAGCAGAGAUCCGCGGAAACUGCAUUGGUUGUUUGAACUGCUGUUGGAAUCUCCACUGAGUGGUGAAGGAGGAUCAUUUGUAGAUGCAUGCCGACUUUAUGUACUGCAAGGUGGCCUUGCACAACAAGAAUGGAGAGUACCGGAACUGUUGCACAGACUGCUGAAGUAUUUGGAACCUAAACUCACGCAGGUUUACAAAAACGUCAGAGAGAGGAUAGGAAGUGUUUUGACCUACAUAUUCAUGAUAGAUGUCUCCUUGCCAAAUACUGCUGCAACUAAGUCUCCUCGUGUCCAUGAAUUUACUACCCGGAUACUUGAAAAUCUUAAACCCCUUAUGGAAGCAGAUGAAGAAAUUCAGAAUCAUGUUAUGGAAGAAAAUGGAAUUGGUGAUCAAGAUGAGCGAACUCAGGGCAUCAAACUCCUGAAAACUAUUCUGAAGUGGUUGAUGGCAAGUGCAGGACGGUCCUUUUCUACAGCUGUCACAGAGCAACUCCAACUUUUACCAUUAUUUUUCAAGAUUGCACCGGUAGAAAAUGACAAUAGCUAUGAUGAGCUCAAGAGAGAUGCUAAGAUGUGUCUGUCGUUAAUGUCUCAGGGUUUGCUGUAUCCUCAGCAAGUGCCUUUGGUACUUCAGGUGCUAAAACAAACAGCAAGAAGCAAUUCUUGGCAUGCCAGAUAUACCAUAUUGACCUACCUCCAGACCAUGGUGUUCUACAAUCUCUUUAUUUUUCUCAACAAUGAAGAAGCAGUCAAUGACAUUAGAUGGCUGGUAAUAAAACUCCUGGAAGACGAACAGCUUGAGGUGAGAGAAAUGGCUGCUACCACACUAAGUGGUUUGCUACAGUGUAAUUUCCUUACUAUGGAUGGUCCAAUGCAGACCCAUUUUGAACAGCUGUGCAAAAUGAGGUUACCAAAAAAAAGAAAGCGAGACCUGGGUUCAGUGGUGGAUACCAUUCCUUCUGGUGAUUUGGUUAAACGCCAUGCUGGUGUGCUAGGACUUAGUGCAUGUAUUUUGUCAAGUCCUUAUGAUGUACCUACCUGGAUGCCACAGCUCUUGAUGGAUCUCAGUGCUCAUCUUAAUGAUCCUCAGCCUAUCGAGAUGACUGUGAAAAAAACACUGUCGAAUUUCCGGAGGACACACCAUGACAACUGGCAGGAACAUAAACAGCAGUUCACUGAUGACCAGCUGCUAGUCCUUACAGACCUCUUGGUUUCACCAUGCUAUUACGCAUAGAUAGGUUACUCCUGGAAAAAAUGAGGAUGUAGAAGACUUUCUGCAAAAUAAAGGAAACUCGAAAGAAAAUUAUUACAUAGAAAGCUUUGUAUUGGACAUCCUCAUGCCUAAUCAAAACCACUUUUAAAUACAAACAUAAAGGCCUGGUUCUAUUCCUAAGGAAUUUCACCUCCCCAGGGAGCCCCACAGUCUCCCUAUAGCAUUCGGAGAGCCUGAUCAUGAUUUUAUUGCCAAGACCCUUGUCAUUGGCCUGCAUCACACAUCUGUCCUUGUUACUGCUCUCUUGCACAGAGACUUACACUGCACAUUUCUUAUCCUCUUUUUCUUACCCUUCUUCCUAGCUGUUUCUGAUAUCAAGGAUAUGCAGAACCAGAGAGUACUGUAAGCCAGAAUAUUCUCAGUGAAGCUCUCCAGUUUUGCUGAUGCAACUUCUUAUCUGGUCAGCUUACAAGACCAAGAACCUGUCUUUGUCAAAGGAUUUAUUUUUCACUACUUGGGUUUGAGUACCCCCAGAUGGCGGGCUCUGUAUCACUUAAUCCACCUCAGGGCAGGAUUGCCUUUUUGUAUCUUCUUUGCAGAAAUGUAAAUAGCGCAUCUUCUCUGUGCAGUAUAGAUGAUGGCAGGACAAAAAAUGGGAAUUGCAAGCUCCUACUGCCUGGCCAGGUCAUCAUAGAUAGCUUGACCAAGUGUGGGGGAAAAAAAUCCAUGAUUAUCUGCAUAAUUCUAAGGGUGAAAGUCUAUGGGUGUUUUUGUGUCGUUAGAGCCCAUAGCUAUGAAAUUGUGGACUAUCAAGUGAUGGUUGAAUUCACAGAAUGAAGUGUAUGCACAGUGUGUAAAGGCACUGAAUAGCUGACUUUUUAACAGCAUAUUCUCAUAAAGAUUGUCAGUAUUUGAGCAAGCACACCUUGCUCAAAGAUUGUGAAAGCUCAAUUUUUUUUUUUUUUUUUUUUUUGCCUGCAGCUUUGUUCAGAGACUGGUAUCUAUUGGCUAUUUAACAACAUGUUUAAUAUGUGUUACAUAGUUGUAAAAGACUGUAUAAAUUGUAGAGGCAUUGCAUUGACAAAACAUUGUACAGUUUGCAACCUUUUACAUAACACCAUUGUGAGAUUAAUUUGUAAAGAUUCAUACUUAGAUGUUAAUACUGUAGUAGUUCUGGCUUUUGUAUCAAAUCAAAUGCCAUUAUUAGUUUUUUAAAUUAUUUUUCUUUAACAGAAUAUCUCUUCAUGUCUAAAAGGCAGAGGUUUUGUUUUGGUUUUCUUGUAUCUCAUUAUUACUAUGUCUCAUUCAGAUUUUAAUGCAACACUUGUGGCCAUGUCUAAAUGCUGACAUCACAUAUUCUGAUGUGAUAAGCUCAUAGAAUGUGAGGUACAUUGAAAUAAUUCAUAAACUGGUGUGUGUUUCAACUUCCAUGCAGUCGUACAGGAGCACUGAUACAUUUUGAGUGAUCUACCUGCUGAGUAUGUGACUCAAUCCAAACUUCAAAGCACAGCAAUGUUCCUGGUGCAGUAUUUAAUGAGUGUCAGCACACGGAUGUAACCACUGUAUAGCAUAGUGCCAAAAUUAUUUCAAUUGUGUACCUAGUUUAAAACGCAAUAAAUGGAUUGUUUGUAACAUCUGCA